GCAACCCUAAACUUUUUCCCGCCACGAUCAGCUCAGAGCAACCGCGCGGCCCCCAUGAACCGCGAUCGAGGUCGAGGACGAAGCCCACGUGGCGGACGAGGCUCUUGGAGUCGCGGCCAAGGCCGAGGAAGCCCCGGAGACGCUCCUCAUUCUCAGCCACAUCGCUCCUCUCCUCGACCUGGGGCUGAAGGUCAUGGACCUUCUGCUAAUGACUUUUCUGGUAAGGAGGGUGUGUCAACAGGUGGAAUUGCAAGUCCCCAGGAUAUGUUUCCAUGUAGCUCUUCAAGGUGUCCUGAGCAUAAACCUGCCUGGAGUUCAGGAUAUAAGAAGGAAUGGAGUCAAUCUGAAAGAAAAGAAUCUUCUCAUGCUGAGAGACUGAAGGAGGGACGUAACUUGAUUGAGGCCGAGAAAGCUGAUUCAAAAGAUGUACAGUGCUUGGUUGCCUCAGAUUCAGGCCAUAAAAGGGACAUCUAUUCAUUGUCUAAUCUCGAUGUUUCCCAAAAUUUGCAUAAGGGAGUAGAGAGAUUGCAGAUUAGUGAGAACUCUGGUAAGAUGACAGGGAAUAGUGACAACUGUAUGUCAUCUAAAUCUGAAGUCAAAGAUAAGCCGUUUUCAAUCAAGAGUCCUAUAAGUACAUUUGGCCAUCAGAAACCAGAGCUUUCUGAGUACAAAGUAGUUGACCCUCCUUUUGAUUUGUGCCCACCCAAAGCCGGGGGUACUGUUAUCCUAAAGACUUCUCUGCUUGAACAGAAUAGAGAAAAGAGAAAUGAAAUCAAACGCUCCACGGAACAACCAAGUCAAAUUGUUUUACAGUCUGGAAUGGUUCUUCUCAGAAAAUUUAUUUCUUCAAGAGACCAGAUCGAGAUAGUGAAGCUAUGCCGAAACUUGGGUAUGGGUUCUGGAGGUUUCUAUCAACCUGGCUACCGUGAUGGAGCAAAACUGAAUUUGAAGAUGAUGUGCCUUGGUAAGAAUUGGGAUCCUGAGACUAGCAAAUAUGGUGAUCACCGCCCUCAUGAUGGUGCUAAACCUCCACGUAUUCCUGUUGAUUUCUUUCGAUUGGUUGAAAAUGCAAUAAAAGAAUCACAUUCCAUUAUCGAAAAGACUACUAAAGCUAGCAAGCCUGAAGACAUACUUCCUCUGGUAACUCCAGACAUUUGCCUUGUCAACUACUACUCAUCAACUGGGCGACUAGGUCUCCAUCGGGAUUGUGAUGAAAGUGAACAAAGUCUCAAUAGUCGUCUUCCUGUUGUCUCUUUUUCCAUAGGAGAUGCUGCAGAGUUCUUGUAUGGUGAUCAUAGGGAUGUUGAACUGGCAAAGAAGAUAACACUGGAAUCAGGAGAUGUUCUAAUCUUUGGUGGAAAAUCAAGACAUAUCUUUCACGGUGUGUCUUCGAUACAGCCAAACACUGCUCCUAAGACCCUACUGGAAGCCACAAAUCUCCGGCCUGGACGCCUAAAUCUUACUUUCAGAGAGUAUUGAACAUUUGAGAACUUUCAGCCUCAGCUUGUAUAUAUUGCAGUCUUUUCAAGUUAGUGUGCUCUAAUCCUCAUACUAGCUUCAUAUUGACCGGUAUGUUUGUAAUGACAGUUUGUGUUAAUAUCUGGUAAAGGGCUUUAUCUUGCCGCAAGUAAAUGUCAUUUUGAAGUAGGUCAACAAUUUAUUCAGCCAGCUUCGUGCUCAGCUCCAUCUUUCUUGUUCCCAUAUGAGAUUAAAGAUAGCC